UGCCUUUUCCAUUUAGGGGAACAGUUGCUGCUGCGAUGCGACAGCUCGACCGACACACAAUGCGAACCGUGCGACGAGAGGUACUAUAACGAUGAGUACACCUACUCGGAUUGUAAAAAAUGUGCCACCUGCGACAAAGGUAAGGGCUUCCCGCCAGCCUUUUCGCGAGCGACGCUUCUGCGGCUGUUUGCACCCUGGGGAACAGGUCCAGUCCAGGCCUAUUGGUUGUCUAGUACUUAUCCAACUGACCCACCAAAAAUGCAUUUUAUGACCUCUCAGUCCAGGUGCGAUAAACAGAUGGAGGGGGGUAACGAGGUGGGCCCUGUUUAAAGAGCGUGCUUCCCACUGAGAGCCCCUCGAAGCGGGAACUGGAGGCAGAGCCUUCUCCGUGGUGUCCCCCAUUUCAGAACAAUCUCUCCAGUGAGAUCUGCCUGCAGUCAAGGGCGUCAUCUAGUGGACACUGGUGGUUUCAGGGUCAGUGAGGCUGUGUAUCCAAUCUGGAUUUUACUUUGAACUUUUAACGAGCAAACCGUGCUGAUGAACGUAUUUGAAGGAUAGGGUUUGGCCUGGUGGUAGUUUCUUCGAAGCUAAGGCUGAAAGCCAGAGCAGAUACACAGCCCUGCUGAACCCGGAAUCACCAGCUUCCCCUGGUGUCGUCUUUCCAGCACCAGUUUAACUUCUCCUGAUACCCUCAGGUAUUUGACAGUAUACGGCAAGGUUUUUAAUCGGAUUUCUUAUUUUUGAUUGGGAAAAUUGUGUGUGCUCACUUGCAUUCCCAUUUUUGUACAGAAAUAGCUUUUAUUUUGUGUACAAUGUUGUAUUGUUCAUGUUUUCGGAGAGCUUUUGCUAUAGUAAUAUCCUAAAUGAAUGAACAUGAAAAUCAUUGUUAGUUCCAUAAGCCUGGUUUGCUUUGGAGAGUACUAUUCAUAUAGCAACAUCACUGUCCUCUACCUAUUACGAAACAUUUUAAAAGAAUUUAUUGCAUUCAGUAAAUCAUAAGACCUUUCCCCAGUGCAAGUGUGUGUCCAUAUCUUGGAAAAAUACACAAAUUCCUCAAUUUGCAAUCAUUUUUGAAAAGGUAUGCACUUUAUUUUAAAUAAACACACCUUCACCUUUCUUUCUUUCUUUCUUUCUUUCUUUCUUUCUUUCUUUCUUUCUUUCUUGGUCAUGUUUCAGUCUAGGAGAACAUGAUCUAACUUCUGCAAAAUGUACAAAAUGGGAACAGGGGAAAAAGAAACUGCAUUUCAAAAUGGGAGAUUGCACACUCCCUGUGAGCCGAACGGACGAAAACCCACAUCCAAAUCCUCCCCAUGUUAGGGUCGACUUUUUAAAAUUCUCCUCUACUAUCGGGAGCGGUCUUAGAAUCAGGCACGGUUCGGGCGCCUGCGAAAGCGGCUCAGGUUCGCCCCUCCGAUUCCCCAUUGCGAUCUGGGCCAGAAAAAGAUGGAGAGGAGAAGAUGGGUCAAGAGGUGCCCCCACCAACGUGCCCCGGCAAUUCUUGGAAGUGCCGUUCUCACCCCCAGUUCUGCCUGGCAAACAGCACUGGAAACUGGGGGUGGUUAGAGGUGAUCAAACAUCCUGUAAAAAAGCGCUGGCUCAGAGCAAAAACACCCGCGGAACUUGCCUGACCCAGGAAGCUGGUGGGAAACGGCUUUUCUGCUUAAUCGCUACCGUCGGGGCCCUCCCGUGGCCACGCUGCCUUUUUCCCCUGUGCGCCCGGCUCAGAGUGGGGAGCAGGUUGUGCGCUGCAGAAAAGUGAGCGUCUUUCACGAUCGUUCUCUGGCAGCUAGAAGUGGCUGGGAAAUUUAGACAGCCGUACGGUCAAAACCUUCACAAAUGUACUAAAUCGAUGCCCCUUGGCCCUAUUUCACGGUAAGCCAGAGGGAAGAUGUGGACUGCAUGUCUCGCUCCGAGUGGCAGGAAAAGGAAAGGCCGCAGGGCUUGUGGCUGAGGCCGGCAGGGGCCUGCCCUCGCUUCCGAGACUUUCCCCGCUCUGCUGCUUGCAUCCCUCUGACCAGAGAACCUGGGAAUUGCAGCUGGGGUAUGCAGGAGCUGAAUUAUGUGCCCUCGCACUCAGUUGUCAUGGGAACGAAGGGCAGGGCCAGGACAACGGCCGCGGUGUUUGCAGGAUCAGUCCCGGCUGGCGCCCGCCCUGUGCCUGCCCUGCAUCCCACCUGCCUUGCUGCCUCAGCACCGCAGGGCACCCUGCGCCCCGUGCCCCGCGGCCCCGCUCCUGGCCCUCCCCUGGCCUCGCUGCAGCUGGUCCCUGCUGUCUCGGGUCUCCCACCCUGUUGUCCUGCCCACCUCCAUCUGUCCCCCUGGCUCCUGAUUCCCGGCUUGUUCCUGGCCGCGGUCCUUGUUCUGCCCACCUGCGUUCUCCUGGUUCCUGACCUCAGCCUGUCCCAUGACGACGACUUGGGCUUUCCGUUCAACCCCACUCUGGACCCCAUCUUGCCUGAAGUUCUGCCGCUCUGCUCCCAGCACCUGGCUUGCUCCUGCGUGUCUCCUGGCCGCCACUAAAUGGUGCCCAAGAAGCUGCCCACACAGGCCCUUCGUGUUCGCAGCGAGAAUCCCCAUGCAGGCUUUCUCAGCCGUGUCUGGACCACCUCUCCCUCCUGCCUCCUCCCUCCUUCCUGGUCCCCCCCCCUCCCUUGGGGACGCGGGUCCCCGCAAGUCUCACUGCAUUUUCCACCUGGAGGGACGUUCCCGGCCAUGGCGGACACCCGUCUGUGCGCUUCCGCCGAUGCUUCGUUCUGGGCUGCCCACCGGCGUUGCGCGCAGUGGCUGUAGCGUCGCCGUGAUGCCGCAAAGGCUUAGGAACCUCUCCCUUGUCUCUCCUGUCUGUGCUUUCCCAGAACGGGGUCUGCAUGAACUGGAGCCGUGCAAAAAGACGUCCAAUACCGUCUGCGCGUGUCUUCCGGGCCACUCGCCGGCCAAGGACACCCUGGGAGAAAGCGAGAGGAGAUGUGAUCCCUGUCCCAGUGGAUAUUUUUCCAGAGGAGGGAAAGAGCGAUGUCGCCCCUGGACAAACUGCACUGCUUACGGCCAGAAGACCCUCCGUGCUGGGAAAAGGGACGAGGACGCCAUCUGCAGCGAGCCGCCCACCCGGGUGCCGAGACAGACGGCCAUCGUGGUUCCCUCAAGCCUAAGGCAGGGGCCGGGCACAGCGACUACGACGUCCUCCUCCACUCUCACGACUUCGGCUACUCAGCCCGGGAGGGACAGGCCAAAGGAGCAGAGAGACGGGCUCUUAAUCAUUUUCCUGACCAGUGCAGGGCUGUUGCUUGUGGUCGGACUGGUGAUCUUUCUGCUAUUUCGUCAGAAGGCCAAGAAAAAGGACUCUGCUGUGUUCACUAAUGUUCCACAUGAGGAUGGAAGAAACAGCUACCGAUUUCCUGUCCAGGAAGAGCAAAAGGACUGCAAAUCUAGCCUUGCCCGAAUCUGAUGGAGCGCAUCAGGUUUGGCACCUCUGAGCCAAAGGAACUCAGCCCCGACCUCCAGAUUGCUUCCCAUUUGUCCGCCUUCCUCCCAGUCAACUCCCUUUCCCCUCCCCUCCCAAACAGGUCUUGGAUCUUGUGGAUUAUAAACCUCUCUGAGCAGGACCUGUUUUGCUUCUGACAGCCAGGGGUGCUGCCGGUCGAUCGUUAGACCUUUGGGACUUCAACUCCCAGAAGGCUCUGCCAGUGGUCAGCAAUGCUGGGAGCCCCAAACAUCUGGCGAUCGACUUUUUGGCCAAACCCAGCUGUUUUAUCUGCUUGAUAAGCAAUAAGAGGGAAUGAUUCCACCCUGAGCCAACGAGAAUUGUGUACGUGGCACAUACUUCCCCUCUUUGAGCUAAAGGCAGAACCUGCUUUGGGGGUUAUGAAUCCUUUCAAAAGAAAAGAACACAUAUGAAUUACAGAGAUCGAUCACAUCUCUAAAUUCAUAUAGUCCAUAAAUAUUAUAUAUUAAACUGCCUGAGUUGAGUGGAUUUCAACAUUUUUGUGUUUCCUAAAGGGAAUAUUAAUUUUACUCCUAGAUGGGGAGUUUUCUAUAGCACAGAAUUCUUUCUCUCUCUCUCUAUCUGUAUACCGGAGAUACACACAGAGAGACGGACACGGGUGCUUUUGUAUGUAGGUACAAAUAAGAUUUGUUUGUUUCUUUGAUAUGUAUUUGGAAGUUUGGAUCCAGAUUAGUUAUACAUACAGCAGGUCCCCAAUUUAAUUGGGACUUUAGUAUGAUUACAGUUGGAUCCAACCUCAUAUUCUUACCUAAAGUAGGUUUUUGUCCCACUGGGCACCUUUGAUGCACCCCAAAGCUCAGAAGGCCGGGGCUGCAUAAAUCCAGUUUUCUAGUUAGAGGUUGGAUGCUUUUGAAGGUGAGCGCUUCCAGGAUUCCAACAUGAGACCGUAAGUGUUCAGUUUUGUGAAUGGGCAGCCAAGUUCUUCAGAUAAAGGAGGGUCUGAUCUUGGUCUGGACCAGACUUUCUCGUGCCAGCUGCCGGGGCCUCCUGCCAGUGGUUCCUGCUGCAGAAAUGUCUCUGAGAGAUGCUUUGAAGCGUGUGGCUGUAUUUAUGCAAAAGCAAUGCAAGUGAGCCAGUUUUGUUUCAGGUUUUGCCGUGAGUCAGCUUUCAGACAGUGAUGGCGAGAAGCUCAGGUGGUCUUCGUGAUAGCUAGUGAAGUGGAUGAAGGCGCUGGUGGACCAAAAGUUGGCACCAGUCUUCUGGGAAACGGUUCAGAUGAGACAUGAGGCCCUGGGUGGCCUGCAUUUUGCUGGGCGGAAAGCCAUCUUGAUUCGUACGCUAGCUUACUCUCCCCCCCCCCUCAUUUUUGCCUAGCUCUUCUAAUCCUUCCUAUAUCCCCCCCACCUUCCGUAUCUGGGCUGCUGCAGUUGGAGAGCUAGCGAAAGACACCACCUAGCUUCAUCGGUGGUGGUCUCUGAAGCUUCGGCCAUCUUGGCCAUCUCUUCCCCCUCCUUAUGAUGAUGAGAAGCAAUUCCUGUUUUGUCUUGAAGUGCCGAACUUGACCCUUAAACCAGCUGGCUGGGCCAGUCCAUGGGUCCCAAAUGCCCAGUGUUGAUUUCUCCUUCCAAAAUGGUUCCAUCCAACCUCAAGAGUGAGUUUUGGGGGAAGCCAAGGUUUACAGAAGCACGAAAGAUCUCCCAAAGAAGGGAAGCUGUCCCAAAACUGCCAACCCAAUGUGGUCCAAGCAAACUCGUAGCUACAGAAUAUUAUUUGGCCUUGCGGGUGGCCAGACGUGGGAAUUGAACGGGGUGGCUAGAAUCCCGAACAGCCAAAAUUUUGUAUCUCUGAGAUAAAAGCAUCACCUUUGCAGUGCGUCGUUUGGCUGGAGAUUCCAAGGGCUGAGCGGCAGAAUUUUUAGAUCAAAAGCAGCUGCUCCGUUGUUGAACUGUGAUCUUUGAAUUUGGUUACAUUUGUCGUAUCGAUGAUCGUUUUUGUUUGCUUUGUGUUUUAUCUGAUCACUAUCUUGGAGCUGCAAACCGCAGUGGUCUAAUUUAUGGUUUUUCUUUUGAAAAAUGAGCACCGGAGGGUUUUUUGUUUUUGUUUUAAGCACAAACACACAGGUGCUUCAUCCACAUGCUGAGUGUAAGUGGCUGAAUUUGGAAAAUUCACUGCAUUUGGAGAUGAUGCAAAAUAUUUCUAGUUUCUGCUUUGCUUCUGAGUUGCUGCUGGAGGGCAAGCUUUUGUACGUUGAACAAUGAAUACCUCAAUGUUAGGUUUUAGCUCUAGCGCAAUUAAAAACAUAACUGUUUCAGCUCCUUUU